CAGACGCGUUCCAACCUUCGUGGUGAUCGGAUGCGAUUCAGCAAUUACUGGUGACACUCAGAUUAACAUACUGGCUAAUUGUCUGUUGGGUGUUCGGAGUCUGUGAGGCUGGACAGAGGAAGCUGCCCGUCACAAAUCUAAGUUACAUUGGUGGGUUCCACCCAGUGCCAAGGAUAGUGCAAAAACUAGCUGAUUCUCCGAUCGGUCGGGUAACUUUGGCACAUCCGGUGCAGGAGAAAGUGUAAAGAAAUUUGCAUACAAAACCCUACGGACAGCCGUUCACCACCCACCCAGCUGUCCUGUGUGUGCGUGUUUGUGUGUCUGUGGGAAAUAGGGUCGAUGUCGAUUCGCAAAUCUAAAGGAUAGGAGAUGGCGAAGAAGAAUAAUCUGUAAAACGCCCGUGUAUGCAAAUGACACAUGAUGCUGCUAUGCACAUACGUAGUGAUAGCAUAAUACAUGUUAUAAGUAGAGUGUACAGUGAAGAAUGGAAACAAUUGUCAGUGAAAGAGUUUGUUUUUUAUGAUUAAUUGUUCCAGUUAGCAAAGCCUUGGGAGGCUGCGAAUGUCGCCAAACAACGAACGACCAGCGAAUCGGUAAAGUGUAGAUACUCACAGCCCUAGAAGCCAAUGUCGGUUAGUUGGGCUCGGUGGGACAGGGAUCGGACCGGUUGCAAGUGGUUUCUCCGACCUGCAUUUCUGAUGUAAUGCAAAUAUGACAGCAACAAAAAUUCAGCAGUGGAAAGGACGAAUACAGCUGGUAGAACGUCUGUGGUGAGUGGUACUUUUGGCCUGAAUUGAAAAACGAAAUAGUUGGGUGUUGUCCUUUUGUACUGUGGUGUUGAAAUUGUGUUGUCUUGAUUUAUCCAACGGUUAAGUAUUUGACAUUGGCUGGCUCCCUGGUACGUUCCAUGCCGUGUGCCCGAUUGACCAGACGAGGUGACGAAAAGAUGAUUGUAGUUCAAUUUGGAUAACUAGUUCGCAGUGAUGGUAAUCAGAUAAGAUUGUGUGCAUCGAGCAGCAAAUUUAGUGUAAGUGAAGUUUAUUCUUUCAUCGUUGAUCAAAGAAGCAUCUUUGUAAUAUCGUUAGCCUGAUGGUGCUCGGAAGGUUUGCUUUGUGCACACGUUGCCAGUGAUAGCAUCCGUGAAAUUGCUUGUGAAAACGAAGAUUGCAACAUCAUACCGAGUUUGUGAACGGCAGAUGAAAUCGCAUGUGAAGGUUAAAAGAGAAACCUAUCCGCUGACGUUGGUUGAAACUUGCUUUGCAUCAUCAGCCGAGUGAUACUGGACUCAACAUACUUGCGGAGAGCUUUGAUGUUCGUGAACCAGUUUGAUAAAGGCGGAAGCAACUUUUCAAUGGAGUUUGAAGAGAUCGGAAUGCAGCAGGGCGGCAACAGCCAGCGUUGAUGGACUUUGGCACAGGAUAAUCGAGGCCGGAUCACACUAACAAGGGUCGGUUGAUUAUAAACCCCUCAAUAACGAGAAAACCUACUUCCCCCCUGGCUACCCGCGGCAUGCUCGGUAUCCAUCUCUCUGAGUGGAUCGCUUAUCAGUAGCUAUUCGAUCGGCAGGCACGAAAUUCAUUAAUCACCAUCCUUGCCAGAGAACACCGAUAAAAGAAGGGGAAGCAAAUCGUCGACGUCGGAUUAUCCUUCUCCGACUUUGCUAGGCAGAGAACUGCUGAACCCCGGCAAGCCACGUCACUAUUAGAAGGCACAUUUCGUAGUUUGUGAGCCUAGGCUUGGACUAAACAUACACACACAUAUAUGCUGUGAUGAGCUGAGCAGCGAUUUAAUUCCCUUGAUUUAUACACGGCGUACACGAACCUGUGCAUGUAUGUUGGUGGGGUGCUGGAAGAGGUGUACUGUUCGCGUUGAAAUGAAUGGCUUACCGGCAUUCAACAGCAGCGGUUGCAGGAAAAAGCAAAAUCAACUAUUGGAGAGCAGGGUGAUACGGCAACUCGUACAGUUGUGCAUAAAUAACCGGAACAACAGCAUUUACCUGUAGAGAGGGUGUUUAAUAGCUAAGCUUCAACAGCGUCUCGACGCCUGCUCGUUGGUAGUAGUUUGUGGCAUUUGAUUGUGGUAGGCCCAGUCAAAUCACCCGUGGCAGGCAUUCAAAGCGAGCCACAGAACGGAAGGCGGCCGGUAAACGACUGCUACUGACUGCAAAACGGAACACGGGGUUUCACUGUUCGGACUGGGGAAACAUGUUAUGCCAUUAUCACCAACUUUUAUGGUUGUUGUCCUGCUUGGUGGCUAAUUGCUUGUGUUCCACCUCGGAGUACUUAAUCAUUCGUCAUGGCCGAUCACGUGUGCGGCAUUCCAGUGAAAAGGAUCACAUCCGGUGGGGUCUACAGGUGUUUGACAAUUUUACCCUAUUGGACUACGACUCGAUUGACGAUUCGAAUGAAACGACCGGCACUAAUGUCGGAAAAGGGAAUGAGAAUUCCGCUUCCGUUUCCAAGAAGUACAACAGUCUCGCCGCCUCCGGGACCCGUACUGCCGGAGGGAUUCAAUUUUUAGACAAUAGCACAUCAUCCGACACACUCACCAUUCAGUUCAGUGAAUCGGAAGAGCUGGAUAGAAUGAUUGAUAUCAGUGACUUCGAUAGUAUAGCUACCGAAAGACAGGCGGCUGUCAACCGCUGGAAAAACAAUCACACAUUCCCAGUGGCCGGCGUUGAUAUAAUUCAGUCAUCAGUUCGAGUGACACCUGCGGUGCCAUCCACGGUGAUGCCCCCGAAAGGCUUUCAGUCACAGUCACCCUCACCAGCCCCGGUACAGAAGAUAAAGCUCAUCAAAAAGGAAAUAAUGGAAAGCAUAAGAAAAACUGUCGACAAAGGACUGGAAUAUCUGAAAUCUCACAAGAAUUUAGAUGAGGUUAAGAUAGAGCUGAAACCUUUUCGGGCACGUGUAGGAGGCGGGCGUCAGCACGGCGACGACAGCCGGCACGUGUAUGCUUUCCCGCAAAGCUCCCCGACGCCGGAGAAAGUAAAGCACGUGGAUGUCAGUCGAAAAAAUUACCCACAAGUGUCAUCACCUUUUCUCGUGUUUUCCACCAGGAGCAUGCCGAUUGAUAAAAACGAGAACGACGGCAUUCGUGAUGCCGUUACCUUCGGGGAAAAACCCCACCACGGCGGUAGCAAACUUCAACAGAGCGACGAUACUUUCUCCACACCAUCGGUAGUGAAUUUCAACUGGAAGCUGAAACCUGCUGCUGGCCGAGAUUACAACGACUACAACAAUGAUUUUCCUUUCACUAGUGAAACUAAUUCUGCUUCUAACAAACUACGAACUACGGAGAAAAAACUCGUUCCAAUUAAUCCUGAGUUGAAAGCUGAUGAGGGUACCGCCGAGUUACAAUUUAAUAAUCCUCAACGGAGAGCGAAACCGUUGACAUCGCAUUCCUCGGCGACCUUCUCGGAUGUCGCAGGGAAGGACGAAGACGACGAUGAAGUGAUAAAUAUUCUCAAUGAUACGCCAACAAUGAGUUUUGAGCCCAACGAAGCGGACGUUUCAGCGACGAUGAUUUUCAGUGCCGGUGACCCAGAACAGGAAGGACCGUCGGUGUGGAUGUCCGACGCAGAGGAUCCACAAGACGACCGGGAGAACGACGCCGGGAUCGGUGGCGAUGGUGGUGAUGAAGAGGAGGCCAAUUACAGAACAUCAGAGACUGGCGAAAUGUUCAGCUUGGAAUACAUCGACCUGAGCGAACUGGAUGAAACCAGCCGAAACAAUCGGCGCAAUCUAAUGAAGGGCCGCGACGUAGUUACCCAGUUUCUGCAGAUUGUCGAGAGCCAACAUCUACUCGGUUCCAACUGCACCGCCGGAACGGCACUCAAUCUCGGCGAGGGUGUCGUGGACCGUUACGCACAGGAUCGCUUCCGGGUGGAGGCGGAAAUUGCAGUCAAUCGGGCCAACAUGCUGACACGGAUCUUCAAAUUUGCCGCACCCGAGGUACAAUCGUCGGAGCAUCUGCUGCACGCAUCCGUCCUGUCGAUGGUGGAAUUUGACGACGACAUUUUUGCCGCCGGAAAUUGCUUCGACUGGAAUCAGCAUCCGGCGAAGAAUGGUUUGUUCUGUCCGUUUGCCUACCGGCUGCCCCCGCCCGACCAGGGGGCUUCGCUAGCGAAGGAUCUCGCUGCCGAGUAUCACUACUUGGGAAACACGUCGGAAUGGUUUUUUCUCGCCCGGAAGAAUGCCGAGAAGGUUAUAGCGCGCAACGAACAAUACAUCAAAUCAUUCCACAUCUACUCGAACAACUCGGUACGUCAGGCGGACGAGAUCCUGUCGGUGAAAUACGAGGACGGUCGCUGGUCCAAACCGUACUACGACUGCGGCGGUGGCAACAUUUGGAUGCUAACCUACACCGUACCUUUCUUCGGCUUCGAAAAUGGAACAUAUUUCUUCAAGGGCACUUCCGGUAUUGACAUCGAUCUGCGCCGAGUGGAUAUCGAUCAGUGUCCACAAAAACAUUCCCCUGGUGGAGCACAGCAGCCGCUUAACAUUUUCGCUGGGACAGACAAAUGCAAACAGCGAACAACAGAGUGCACUCCAAUUCCGGGAUUGGGAUUUCGGCGUGGCUCGUACCGCUGCGUGUGCCGUAGAGGGUUCUAUUUCCCAGAUACCAGCCUGGAGCAGAAAUGGUUUAACGGUACCACGCUCGAGGAGGAGUAUGAGAAACUAAUGCUGAACGAAUUCAAUAGCUACAGCGAUUCUGCGACUUACGAGUGUUUACCCUGUGCAGAAGGAUGCGACUCGUGCUUGGAUGCAUCCCCUUGUGUAGCUGCACUAAACUGGACGAUGCGAACCGGUAUCCUUGUAUUGGCUUGCACGGUUAUCGGUCUUCUGCCACCGGCUGCUCUUUUUACAUUCCGCUAUCAGCAAGUGAAGGUUGUACGUGCUGCAAGCCCAGCGUUACUUCGUGUAAUUGCGCUCGGAGCAUUUUGUAUAUAUUGUACGUCAAUCGUGAUGUACCCGCCCCCGUCGCUCUACACAUGCACUGCCCGAGUUUGGUUACGUGAAAUAGGAUUCUCGCUUACGUACGGUGCCCUGAUGCUCAAAACGUGGAGGAUAUCGGUCAUCUUUCGCGUCCGCUCAGCGAAAGCGGUUAAAAUCACCGAUGCAUAUCUGCUCAAACGGCUGGGAGUGCUCUGCGGCUUCGUAGCAAUUGCCCUGCUGGUGCGGACCCUCGUGGCACCCCCGGUCGUCAUCGUCGGUCGGACGGCAGACCACCUGAAAGCGUUCCUAUGCAAAACUGACUGGUGGGACCACACGUUCACGUCAAUGGAAGUGCUGUUCCUGGCGUGGGGCGUCCGCCUCUGCAUCAUGGUGCGAAAGGCGCCCUCCGAGUUCAACGAAAGUCGCUUCAUCUCGAUGGCAAUCUACAACGAAUUCCUGCUAACGUGCUUCCUCAAUGUGUCAAUGCUGUUCCUGCAAUCUCCUGCUAAUCCAGAUUUAUUGUAUAUAAUAUUUUUCUGCCAUACACAACUCACCGUCACCCUUCUGUUGGGGCUGAUUUUUGGCAGCAAGGUUUACCUCGUGUUCCGGGGCGGUGGCAAGCACCAGGACGAUACCCACGGGUUGGGCAUCAAGCCAUCUGGCGCAAAAUUCAUUAGCCGCAGUCACGGCCGAACGUUCGCUAAUGCUAGUAGCGUGACAACAUCCACCGCACAACUAGGUGGUAAUAUGGUGAACGAAGGUCGCCUAACGGAGGAGGAAGCUACAGAGGAGAUUAAGGAACUGUACCACCAGCUGCAACGACUGUACGAACGGAUUCCUCAGCGCGGGGUGGCCGUUACCACGAUAGCAUGUUUGAUGGAAACCUGCAAAAGCUCAUCCCUCAAACCGCCCCAUCCGCUCGGGACGCAAAUUAAGGCGAUUAUGGCCGGCCCGGAAAGCGCACAGUCGACGACGGUGGACAAGAGUACUAACACGAACACAAUCGUACCGAACGGAAACUACGGCGUCGGGCUGAAUCAGUCUCACACUAAGAUAAUGAUCACUGAUGAUGUGGAGCCCAACGGUCGAUGGAUAGACAGUAGGAACUUUAAUCUGGACGGUCUUCAGCUAAAGUGUAUGUGUAGCGAAGAAGAGGUGCAAACGAGUUGUGAGUGCCAUAGUAAAGCGGUGAUAAAUUCCUGUAAUAAUGCCGGUUGUAAUUUUAAGCAUAAUGUUUGCUGUGAUAGUGCAAAAGAAAACGCCAGAACGGUGCUAGUGAAACAGAACUCGGAACACACGUUGACCAUUAGUGAUAGUUGUUGUUAUAGUCAAGCUGGAACCAAUCGAAGCUACCCUGCCGAAGGGUGGGCUAGUAGUAGUGGUAGUAGUUUCAAACCACUGACUGCAAAAUAUUUCGAAUCCUGUGAUAACCUGUUGCAUCAACAGCAAAAACAGAGACAGACAGUAAUCACUAGUGGUGACAGCGCAGAUAAUCAGCCCAUUCUGCAGCCGAAUUCGAGCCGUGGCGUCUUGGCAACAACGACAUCCUCCCUUAGUGUGGACGAGAAAAACUUUAGAAAUCUUAACCUGGAGAACUUUAACAAAUUGUACGCAAGCCAUAACAACAAGAUAGAUAGUUUGAAAGAAAAUUUCCUCAUGCGAACCGCUCUAACUGCUGCGUUACAUAAUCUGGAAAAUGAAAAUCGCACCCGUAGCCAACGGGCCAGCGCCGAGCCACAUCAGUUUCCACCAAUCGGUUGUCAACAACGCUGCAGCACUACGACAACAGCCGACAGUGUCAGCAACAAUUGUAGCACACCCACACCCUCUUGUAGUUCCUCGGAAACGCCAACAACCAUCGCAACAACAUCUUCUUCUAGUGCGUUGCCAACAACCGUUCCGGCGUCAACGAUCAGCGGCGAUGCUGAACCGGAUGCCAGUGGCAAUAGUUCGAGUGGUCAACCACCGGAGUCGGAACAGCAGCAGGGAUCGAAGAAGAAAAAAUCACCCGAGAAGCGGCUAGUUAUCGAUCUUAACGACAGAUCGAAGUACACCGAAGAAGUGUCCGUUUGAGAUUUCUAGAAACCCUUCGGGUUCGGACAGCUGGAUGCAUCCGGCUAACCGUUCCCGAGCACGUAAGAUUCUCUCUCUGUUUUAGAGUACAUACUCCCAAAUUUCUCCUUCCGCUACAAGGUACAUCUUAAACCAUUAAAAAAAAUCAUGACUAUUAGGUUAAACGAGAGCAGAAGGCGAAUAGUUGGUAAAGCUUUAUGUUAACUAAAGGAAAAAUUGUAAGUACAAACAAAAGAAACGGUGUUCGAUCGCAGUGGCCAAAUUAGAGCCGACUCGAUACAUUGACGGGAAAAGGCUGCAAUUAGUGGAAUAUUCGUCGUUCUUCAAUCCUAAUGAAAAUUUUUAUUUAAACGCUCACAACAAUAUAUAGAACUAGCAUCUUAAGUUCGAAUUCAUAAAUUUCUUGUCACCGUAAACCAUGGUUAAAUUUGUUAAAGGUUUCAUCUUCUUCAGCACGUGUUUUUGUCGCUUAACUUUAGACUAGAGCUUUUGAAAGUUUGCUAAUUGAAGUUCGAAAGGUAUUCGCCUAUAUUCACUGUGCCGCGGCGUAAGCUAGCAAGAAAAAUUUACUUCAUAACAGGCGUACACUACACCGUACACUCCUACAGUUGCAGAAAGCUGCUAGCUAAUUUUCAGGAUACUAUAUUGACCCGUAAGGCUGUGCGAGAUUUCGAAUGAUUUCGUAUAAUUUCGCAAAACUCGAAAUUUCCCGAAAUUUCGCGAAAUUUCGGUUUCGCGAAAUUGCCGAAAAAUUUCGUUGAAUUUCGCUAAAUUCCGCCUAAAAUUUCGCGAAAUUAAACUUCCAAUUUCGACGAUUACGAAAUUUCGCGAAAUUUCGGACCAAAUUUCCGAUGCACAUUAUUACAUUAUUUUGGUUUGUGCUCAUUGCGACUAUAAAUUAAAUUGAAUAUAUCUCAACAGAUAUCUGGUAUACUAAGUCAGACAUAGAAGAAUAAACUCUCAGCCGGUAAUUUUUGUUUUUAAAGACAAAACCGUAACAUCAUGCGGGAGGUAUUUUUUAUUCACGCAGAGCAUAAAAUUCAUGUCAUCA